UGUUUUGAUGGCCUCAGGAUCUUUUUUCUACUAUUUGCAGAUGAUGUGAUGUUUUUCUCUUCAAUGAGUUUAGUCAUCGAGCUUGGAGUGAGAGGAAUUGUGGCUUUCUUGUGUGCAAGAAACAACAAUAUGAGUAUUUCAGGCCCCUGCAGUCUAUCCUUUUUCUACACCUUCUCAUUUCUUUUCUGUUUCCUGUUUGGUCUGUUCAUCUUUACCCUUCAUUUCCCCUCUCCCCUUUCUUUUCUUUUUAACGAUCCCUUAUUUUCGUUUUCCUCCCAAUUCCAGUUCCCCUCUUUCAUCUCAUCUUCAUCUUCUUCUUCUUGUUUUUGCUCUCUCUAGCUUCAUUAGCUUCCUUCUCAUUCCCCAUUCCCAUAUCUCCCUGUGUUCCCCUUUUCCCUCCUCCCACAGUUUCACACUUCAUCCAUCGUUUCUGUCUCACUCUUUGCUUUUUCCUUGCCUCUUCUCCUUCAAACACCUCUUCCUCUCUCUCUCUCCUGUCCAAGUCUUUCUUCUUUUCAUCUCUCUCCUCCUCCUCCUCCUCUCUUCUCUAUUCCAGCAGUACAGACUCAGCACCGACUCAGUGAACGGCAGCGGCAGCGGCAGCGGCAGCACUGUCACUCAGCUCAGCAAUAACUCGCAUGAAAGUGAGGACCUGCUUUUUUUUCUUGACUCUUUUUUUUUAUUUUUAACGAUUUAAUCUUUUCUUUUGAGUAUUUUUUUCUCUCCACUUUUCAGCCGCUGGUUGUUUUCCCAGUGCAGCAGAAUGAGGGUACCAUGCAUCCCAAAUAGGCUUUCUGUCCUCACUCCAACUAGAGCACGCAGCCAUAUGCUUGUCUUUUCGUUCGUUCCUUCAGCUCACUGGAGUUAAACAGGUCAGUCUGUAGCUUUUAUGCAAAAUUUAAAAGUGGGGACUUUAGAAGAUGGGAUUUGAAAUUCUUUCUUAAUGAAAUUUCUCAUGCAAACCCUUCAUGUAGUGGCAGAGUGUGUUUGGGCACGACCACUGAUAUUAAGCUGCAUGUUUCAGAGGAUAAUACAAUGAAAUAUUCAGGAUAGUUAUCGUCCUGUCAGAAUGACAGAAAUUGAUUUUUGUCAAGAGACAAAUCAUCUUUUCUUUUUGUUGUUGUUGAAACUUUAAUAUUUUGAAGUUGGUGAAGAUAUUUGGGGACAUUUCUGUGUUUUCGCUGGCUUUUUUUGUGACAUAAAGACACGUGCACUGGACUUCAGUGAAAAUGGAGAUCACAACGUCAGUGGUUUAAGCAGGAUGGACUUAUCGGAGGCGUUCACGCCUGUAACGGCCACCACGCCGACCACGUUGAUACCAAACUCUUCUCUGGAGAACGUCAGCCAGGCGUCCUCUGGCUCAUCCAGAUCUCCUCCUCUACCUCCUCACUCGCAGAUGGCGUCUGUGUUUAUCGUGCUGGUGGUCACGGUCAUCAUCCUGGGGACUGUGGUGGGGAACGUGCUGGUCGUGGUGGCGGUGUUCACUAGUCGAGCCCUGAGGGCACCUCAGAACCUUUUCCUCGUGUCUCUGGCUUCAGCGGACAUACUGGUGGCAACGCUGGUCAUCCCCUUCUCCCUAGCCAAUGAGGUCAUGGGCUACUGGUACUUUGGUUCCACCUGGUGCUCCUUCUACCUGGCUCUGGAUGUCCUCUUUUGCACUUCCUCCAUUGUCCACCUGUGUGCCAUCAGCCUUGACCGGUACUGGUCCGUCACCAAAGCAGUGAGCUACAACCGCAAACGUACUCCCCGGCGGAUCAAAACGAUGAUCAGCAUCGUGUGGCUCAUAUCUGUAGUCAUCUCGUCCCCACCACUGCUAAUGACCCACAAAGAGGAUCUGGGGACGUACCGUGAGAAUAACACGCACACACAGGAGUGUCUCCUCAACAACCAGACAUGGUACAUCCUCUCCUCCUGCCUGGUGUCCUUCUUUGCCCCGGGAGUCAUCAUGAUACUUGUUUACUGUAAGAUAUACCGCGUUGCUAAGCAGCGGGCCUCCACCGUGUUCGUGGCGAAGAACGUGAUGGAGCGGCAGCCAUCGCAGUCUGAGACGUGCUUCAUGGGCACAUCCAGGGUUUGCCAAAGGAAGGGCUGUCCUCAGUAUGAGCUGGACAGCCCGCGGCCCCCCGCCCGACACACUUCUUCCAACAUCGACAGCAACAGCAGCACUCACAGGAGAGGAGAGCUGGAUGAGAUCGACUUAGAGGAAAGGAGCUGCGAAGGUGAAAUAAAAACAUCCUUGUCGUUUUCCUCAUCACUCCGCUUCCCCAGGAGAGGCGGCGGGAGGGUGAAAACAGAUGAGGGAAAGGACGUGGAGGGAACAGCAAACAGUUUGAAACCCCCUCCUCCUGUGCCCCCUCCUUCCUGUGCCUCCAUAUCGUGGGCAUCAUCGGACCACGGCUCCAACCAUUUCCUUCUCCCGUCUCCUGUGCCCGUCCGCAGCAGACACAUGUCUCUAUCCAAAAACAAAGUGGCUCAAAUGAGGGAGAAGCGCUUCACAUUUGUCCUGGCAGUGGUGAUGGGCGUAUUUGUCCUCUGCUGGUUCCCAUUUUUCUUCACUUACAGCCUCCACGCUGUCUGCAGGGACAACUGCAUCAUCCCUGACACUCUCUUCAACCUCUUCUUCUGGAUCGGGUACUGCAACAGCUGCCUGAACCCCAUCAUCUACACCAUUUUUAACCGAGACUUCAGAAGGGCCUUCAAGAAGAUUUUAUUCCAGACUCAUAAACGAACCUAAGAUGUCUGAGCGUGUGUGUGGGAGCGCAUGCACUGACACGCAAUCAAACGCAACUGUGGACACGCAGUUUUAAUCCUGUUUUCCACUGUGCUGUCAUAUCGACAUUAAAGGGCUUGUCAUACAGCCGGAGCAUUGAUUCAUUAUUCAACCACUUGCUAAUUUAUUAAAUCAUCACUUUCUAUUCUAGUGUAAACCCACAGAGGAAGAUGAUUAAAGGCAGGUGUUUCUGCCUCCUUGAUGCAAUAAGAGUUCAACAUUACAACCUGGAUUGUGCCUGAACUU